GCUUUCUCACUUGGAGAGAAAAGAAGUGUGUGUGUUGCAGCAGGCGCUCAUUCACCCAGCUGCUCACUCACUCAGCACACAGACAGACAGACAGAGAGGAGGUGGCGUUCGGACGGUCACCGCGUACGCCAAUUCAUGGGAAGUACGGAGGAAUGACACGGGCGAUGAAGGAGUCUACAUGUUUGCAUCCAAAGGGUACGGGAUUAUUCUGAGGGUUUGCGGGCAGCUUCGUCAGAGUAAAGUCAACUCAUCUGUCGUUCGUCGUUGUUGCUGCCGCCGCUGCUGCUGCUGCUGCUGCUGCAACUUCUCACUGCGUGCAGAGCUUUCGGAUGCUGCCGGAUGGGUGAUGCCUGAGCACUGAUCCAAAAACAAAGUUAACGAGUGCGCAUAAGAAAUGGCGUCCAUUUGGAGUGAGGUGGUUUGAUCGUAUCACGUGAAGAGACUGAUUCGUCUUAAGAGCGCGCCUCUGGUAUGGUCAAGUGUGUUCCCUUUGCGCACUUUUUACGCAUUGCACUGGCGACAAUUGCGCAUUCUUAAGUCGCUUACGCUAUUUCAGCGUCCCAAGUCGGUGCGCCACGCUACUUUGACAGCCAAAAUAUCUAUUCAGCAUGUAAGUGCCCUCCUCCUCCUCUUCCUCUUCAUCCUCAUCCUCAUCCUCCUUCUCGUGCCAGUUGGGGGAGAAUGUGGAGUCUCUGGAUGCAGCAUGAGCUGUCAGAGGAUCCGUCAUAAGCGGCUGUCUCUGCUAUGGGAGGGGGUAGCAUUCACCCUCUGGCUGUGCUGCUGCUGCCGGACCUCCGGGGUCGAAGCUGCCGCCGCCCCUGGAGCCGCAGCCACAGCUUCCUCCACCACCAGCGCCGGACAAAGCGACGACGUUGCGGGGACCCUGAGCUGGCUCCUGUCGGACAAAGGGCCCUUCCAUCAGUCAUUUGAGUUCACGGAGGCGUCAGAGAGAUACCAGCAGGGUUACACCACCAGAUACAAGAUCUACAGGGAGUUUGGUCGAUGGAAGGUCAACAGCCUGGCACUGGAGAAGGCGGACAGCUUCGGUGGCAGCGGCGUUCUGGCUCCACCCCUCGACCCUGACUUUGUUCACACCAUCCGCCAGCUGGGGAGGCGUCCAGCUCUCCAGGCCAUUACGGAGAAUCUCAUCAAGAAAUACGGCACACACCUCCUCCUAUCUGCCACUCUGGGAGGGGAGGAGUCUCUGACCAUAUUCGUAGACAAAAGAAGACUCAGCCAGGAGUCUUCGACGCUCUCCGGAGCUGAGGGCAGUCAAGGCAGUGACAGGAGUUCCAACAAUACAGGAGCAGCCACUCUGGAAGCCCUUCACCAACUGGCCGCCUCCUACUUCACAGACAGAGAAAGCACACUACGCCGGCUGCACCACCUGCAGAUCGCGUCCACCGCCAUACGGGUACGUGUCAGAACCAGAACUGGACCACUAGGAUGCAGUAACUAUGACAAUCUGGACACGGUCAGCUCCGUACUGGUGCACAGUCCAGAAAACAAAGUUCAACUACAAGGGCUGCAGGUCAUCCUGCCCAGAUAUUUACAAAGCCGCUUCAUUCAGGCAGCUCUGGGCUACAUCGGCUGCAAAUCCGAGGGCCGGUUUGUUUGCCAGAACGGCGACUGCUGGUGUAAGUGCAGCACAUCCUUUCCUCAGUGCAACUGUCCUCACUUUGAUCUGGACACUCUGCAGAACAACCUCCUGCGCAUCAGAGACUCCUGGAGGCUGAGCAACCAAGAGUUUGAAGAAUCUGAGGAGUUCCAAAACUUUAUCGAGAAACUGCCACGCCAUUACGCCGUCAACACAUCUGCCGUCGAACAGUUGUGGAGGACAGAUGCCAGGCUGCUCCACCGCUACAAGCAAUUGGUGUCCAGGAGCGGCCAGCUUUUCACCAAGGCUCGUCGUACCGCUAACAAGCUCUUCAGCCUCAGCAAGAGGUGCAGAAAACAGCCCGAAAUAGUCCUGCAAAGGCCAAGGUCUCUGCACUUCUGGUUGAACUACGCCCUCUCCAUUCUAUACUGCAGCGAAAACAACCAGGUCGGUGUUUACAGUGAGGUGAGCCGCAGCUGUUUCUGUCCCUUCACUUACCCUUCCUGUCAAGGCGUCAUUCCCUGCUCUCUGGGCGACGGCGUUCUCUGUGCCUCCUGCUCCGCCGACAACCGUACGCGCUGCGCCGCCUGUAACCCCGGUUUCGCCCUCACCCAGGGCAUCUGCAGGCCUGCGGUUCCUGACCCGACUGACCCCUAUCUGGGCAUAGAGAGCGACCGAGACCUGCAGGAUCUGGAGCUGCGCUACCUCCUCCAACGGUGCGACCCGCGCAUCUAUCUGCACGCGGUAUUCGUGAGCAACGACGUACGCAUAAACGCGUGGUUCGACCCGUCCUGGAGGAAAAGGAUGUUGCUCACGUUGAAGAGCAAUCGGUCGAAGUCCAACCGCGUUCACAUUCUUCUCGGACUCUCGCUACAGUUUUGCCUCACGAGGAACAGCACCGUGGAGCCGGCGCUGUCCCUCUUUGUUAAUCCCUUCGGAGGCAGCCAUUCAGAAAGCUGGACCAUGCCUAUUGGCCAGCAUGGAUAUCCCGACUGGGAGCGGACCAAGCUGGAUGUCCCCAUGGACUGCUACAACUGGACACUGACUCUCGGAAACAGAUGGAAGAGCUUUUUCGAGACGGUCCACUUUUACCUGAGGAGUCGUUUAAGAGACUCCGGCGGAGCAACGGGUGGCAGCAGGAACGCAACGGCGUACGACGAGCCUCUGGACGACGCCGAGCCGUCCAGCAACGUCGGCUACAUGAAAAUGAACAGCAUGCAGCUGUUCGGAUACAGCGUGCACUUUGACCCCGAGGCCAUCCAGGACCUGAUUCUGCAGAUAGACUACCCGUACACUCAGGGAUCUCAGGAUUCGGCCCUGCUGCAGCUGGUGGAGCUGCGUCACAGGGUAAACCGCCUCUCGCCACCGGGGGCGCCGCCCGUGGAUCUGUUUGCCUGUCUGCUCCGUCACAGGCUUAAACUCUCUGGCGCGGAUGUGACCAGGAUACUCACUGCUCUGCAGGCUUUCGGCGCCAGACAGUCGAGCCGAGCGCAGUACGAGGCUAACAAACUGUGCAGCUAAACGGACGCGUUUUGAUGUUUUGUAUUUUUCAUUUGUCCCGGACGGGUCGUUUUAAUCGCUGUCGUACGGAUUUACUUGUGCCCAAGUGUGUGUGGUGAACUGGUCCAAGCUCUGUUGUACAUAUUGCACACUUUCAAUUAAAUUCGGUGUUUUAUAAAUUCAGUGGAGU